AUGGGAAGAAAGCAAGCCGCGGCCCACGCUCCGAGAUCCCGGGGCAGGCGCCGGCUCAUGCCUCGUUCAGCCCCGGGACGGAUGGAGGCCGGGGGCGCGCGGGCGCGCAGAGGUCGGCCGGGUCUCCUUUCCGCCCGGCCGCGGGGGCUUCCGCCCGUCUCUGGUGGCUCACAGCGGCUCGCCCUGGCGGCGGCGGCGGGAGAGGCAGCGGGAGAGGCAGCGCGCCCACCCCCGCGCGGGGCUGCGGCCUGCUCCUCGCGUCCUGCCUUCCCAGGCCUGGUGAGCGCAGCAGCUGCUGGGCCCACACCCGUUGGGCGCACGCCGGAGAGGAACGGGAGGGCUGGGGAGACGGGGCGACGGGGCGCGGGGCGCGGGGCGCGGGCCUGCCUACCCACCCCGACUCGCGAGUGGGCGUCCCCGGCGGUGGAGUAUGAGGUGCGCGCGCACGCUCCCGGCCCCGCCGCCGCCGCCCCUCCCCCGCCCCGCCCGGGCCUCGUGCCGCCGCCGGCUCCUGCAGCCCGAAAGCGCCCUGCUGCUGCCGCCCGCUGAGCGCCAGAGAAGAGGACGCCGCGGAUCUGCGCUGCCCCGAGAACUCCAUCGGUGCCCAGGGCCUUGCCGCCGCCAGUUCGUGGGGUUGACCUGGCGUUUGGACGAGAGGGAGCGAGGGCUUGGGUCGCCAAGGUUUUGCUGAAAUUGAGGGUCACUGGAGUUAACGGCUUAGGUUAACGUUGAGUGUGGCUCUGUGAAGUCUUGUCUUCAAUUACAGACCAUCAGGCGACAGGACUCAGCACAGGGUCUCAAACGUCCAUGCAGCCCAUGCUCACGUUGUUGGGCACCCGAGGUUCCAUUCAUGGAGAGACAGAAACGUGUGCCAGGUUCCGUGUUAAAAUGUAUUGAGAAGAGCCAUGUCGUAAUUGAGUGCAAAAGAUUUCCUUGCAAGGUAGGUAGACUCUUGCAUCCGGUUUACUUACUGAUUGUUUCUGUUCUAAUGUUGCCAUUUCCUGUACACAUCCUUUACUGAUGGCUGGGAAUUGGAGAGGAGGCCCUUGCUUAAAAACCAGGCAAAAAAGUCUCAGGUUCAUUGGUACAAUUCGUAACUACAUUCCAGUCUCCCAGUCUGCACUAUUUCUAGAAGCUCUGCAUAUCUAACAUGACAAAAGAAGUCAUUGUCACUGACCCUGCUUCACCAAAUAAAAAGUAAAAAUGUUGAGGGGGACUCACCUCUCACCAGUUCACCAAGGGAGACUGGUAAGCAAGAAGUGUCCAGUCCCUGUUGAGAUUUGUGAUGGACAGUUGUGAGGAGUAGAUGUAAGAAACUUUCUGCCUUCCCAGUGUGUCUUUAUAAAAUGUGCCAAAUUUAAGAAUAAGUCUCUAAUGUUGAGACUCUAUCAGCCAAAGAAAAAAAGAACAGACAGUUUUCCUACUGUUGAGGUCAUUUAGGGGAAAUAAAUAUUGAACUCUGAAUGAAAUAGCAAGUUAUAUAAAUCUUUAAAUAUUACCUAGCUUGACACCAAACUUAGCCACAAGAGAUGUCAAUCAUGAAACCUGACAUAACCUAGUUGACAAGUAUGACUUAAGCAAGUAAGACCUCAUGGCUGAUGGAGAAGCCUCCUCUUUCUUUGCUUGUCUGUUUUGCAAAAUUCAUUUUUCCUUCUUGAGAGUAAAAAUUUAAAUUAGGGGUUAUUGCAGAUGUCCAAAUGCAGUCUGCAGUUUUAAAGUCGUUGAUGGUAACCGUCAGUUAUUACACUCCUACACCAGCAACCAGAAUGUUGUAUACAUAGUAUUACCAACUCUUCAGACAAGUCUGAGUUCUUAAAGAAUCAUAUUGGUUUAAAAAAGCAAGUUGCAAAUGUAUUCACUAAUUGUGACUACAUGCACUUAAAAACAAGAAAAGACGGAAUAUUUGGAGAAGAUCGCAACUGAUCUGUUGAGAUACUGGUAUUAUAUAUGAUUUUCUCCAUUGUAUACUGUUGUAUUAUAUUUACAGUUAAAUAAAUGUUAUAAAAGAACUGGUACCUGAAAAAGUUAAGGUCAGAUUUCAGAUAGGUGGACUAAGUGGGAUCAAGAUGAAUACAUAGACCGGGCCAUCUUAGGGCAGUCAGCAGAAACACUGUGCGGCCUGUUUUGUGUGUGUGUGUAUGUGUGUAUACACCUACAACAGGGAAGGAUCAUUCCAGAUAAUCUAAAGAGAAUAUUUCAUUUGCAAAGAGCAGUUAAGCUUUGAUCAGAGAUUCCAAAGUGAUGAUUUCCCUUUUACAGAUUCACAUAAAUAUUUUAGAAAUUAGAAUUAAUAAGUUACUAACAAAAUUUACUCCUACAGAUUUAAAGGACCACUCCUAAGACCCACUCAUGUAUUGCAAUGUGAAGGUUACUUGUAUUUGGCCAGACACGGUGGCUCACGCCUGUAAUCCCAGCACUUUGGGAAGCAGAGGUGGGUGGAUCUCCUGAGGUCAGGAAUUCAAAACCAGCCUGGCUAUCAUGGUGAAACCCCAUCUUUUAAAUUAAAAAAAAAAAAAAAAGUUACUUGUAUUUGUUCAACCAUAUGUUGACUUUUCUAUUAUUGAAACCAUUUGACACCUGUUAUGUACACACACACACUCACACACACGUAUCUAGCUCUGUCUUAAGCGAAACUGAAGUAAUGUGCUACAGGAGAAAAAAAUCCAGCUGGUAUGCAAAAAGAGGCUUUGAUUUACUCAGUAACCUGAUCCAGCUAGCGCCCAAAAUGUCUAAGGAAGAUGUUAGAGGAGAAAUGACUGGACGCGACCACUGAAUAUGUAGGAAAAUAACAGGCCUCCGUCCUGCUCCUUCCACUCUUGCUCUCCUCCGUGACGAUUUUCCUCAGAGGUCAGGGACAAACUGAAGUUGAGUGCUAUGAAGCCCUCAAGUUAGAUCCAUGAACGUCAGCAAACCCAAGGACGCUUGGCUGCCUGUCCUACCCAAAGUACUUGAGGCUCAUUUGCUUAUAAAAGACUCAUUUGUUGGAGGACUGCUAGUUGACAGAUCCUGUACUAGGUGUUAGGGAUUUGGAGAAGUAAGUCAGAAUCCUAUGCUCAGUGAGCUUGCAGUCUGGUGUGGAGAAAUACAUGAACACUGGCAAUUACGAGACACUGGGAAGAAUGCUGUUGGAACAAAGUGUCAUGGGCUUUACGGAAAGAAACACUGAACGGGCACCAGGGUGAGAGGAGGUGGAUUGGGAUCCAGCGUCACCUGAGCUGAGCCUUUAAUGAACCAUAAGAGAAGGGUCGUGCUCCAGCCUAGGGAGCAGAACAUGCACAGGCACCCAUAGCUGGUUUUUCCUGUCAUUUACCCAGAACUAUUCUUGCUCUGCUCUUCCAGUAAAUAGCUUGCCUGGCCCUAGUCUCCCGACACUCUUGAGCUGGGAAAGUGAGAAUGGUGGGGCAGUGCUAUUAUAUCACAAGUAAAAUGGGUUCAGAACAACUCAUGGGCAUCGUCAACAUGUUUCUGUAAUCAAAAGACAUAGACGGUGUAUCUGUGCUUUCACGGGGGGUACCCUCAUUUCAGGCAAUAUUCUACUUCUUUAAAUCCGUUAAUAAAAUGAGCUCUUUAAAUGUCUAUGACUACUGAACUAGGAGUCAAAAGACAUGGAUUUCAAACCUAGCUCUACUUCUUACUGAGUUUCCUUAUUUAUAAAACAUAAUAGUCCCUACCUAUUUUAUAGGACUGCUUAAGGAUCAAAUGAGUUAUUGUUUCUAAAAUGCUCUAAAGACUUAGUUGUUCUAUUCAAAAUAAUAGGCUGCUGAUGGUUGUAGUGUUGGUGUGACUUGGAAACAAGAAAUUUCAGUUCGCCUGGCAUCCCUUUAGAAAACUCUCUUUUCCUCAGUCUUAGUCUAUGGGUCUAGAUUGGGAUGACCUCUCAACCACCCACCAUAGCACUUGCUCCCACAAUCAACUGGAUCCAGGGAUGUUACCCAGAUUCGACUAACUUGUAUUCCACAUUUCCCUGGCCAUAAUGAUUGAUUUGGAGAAGAGCAAGUGACUCAAACCAAGCUAAUCUGAACCUUCCUUAGGUUAUUUCCUGAUGUCAUCAACAAACAUGGCAUCUCUUUUCCUUAGAAUUACCAGCCCUGAGCGUGCUAUAACCUUAGAGCUGCCAGUGACCUUCUUGCCACCAUGGGGGGAAGUUCGCUACUAACAGAGCAAACGUAAGCAAAGAGCUUAGACACUGAGAGGGAAAGUAUCCACAUGGUAUCACUUGAACCCUUGGCACGGGUGGAUCUGGGUCUUGUGGGGCCAGAAGCAUACAUAAUUUGAGGAGUCCUCUAAGAAAAACAAUACAAAAUGAAUUAUAAAAGUGGAUUUUGCUAAACUGAAUUCUAUUACAAGUGAGUAUGUCUUAAUAUACUGAGACCGCACCACCACCACCCAACCUGUGUGACCAGUGGAGCAGUGUGAUGGAUAGGAAAUCAGAGUAGCAAAGAAGCCACCAUCUUAACCAAUCAUGAUUGAAAUAUUUUAUUUUUACAAGAUUUCAAGAAACAUGAUUAUGAAAACACUUUGCUAGGCUCUUCCAGAGCCCAACCCAGAAUGAAGCAAUUAGUAAUCCAGAAAUUUAAACUUCCCUGGGCUCAUCGUAAAUCUGUUUCUCUGAAUCCAGGUAUAUCUAAGGCUAGUUCAUCUUUUGAACUUCUCAGUUACAUAAGCCUGUCCACUUCCUUUUCAGUCAGAAUUAGUUUCUGUGGCUUACAAUCAAGAGUCUUGAUUAAUACACAGCAUAUCUCUACAUGGAGGUUUUGUGGUUGGUAGGCGUAUGUGAAGUUUCAGUAGUUUUAAAGUAUAAGAAAUCAGGGACCAGAAGGAACCCACUCUUUAAGGUAGGCAACAAGCUUGGGCCAGGGACAAAAGCAGAAUGAAACCAAGAGAUAAGAUGUCUCUUUGCUCAGCCAGGGGAAGAAAACCUAAAAUUGAGAGGGCUGGGAAGAUGUGACCACAGAGGUAUAUGAAACCUAGCAACCCCUACAGAAACCUUCAAAGCUGGAUCCUCAUACCACCCUUAUGAAAAGGAAUUUGACUCCAGAAGAGGUUAGGCGUUCUUUAUAAAUCUUUAUAUUAAAGUGUUUUAAAUCUCCUCUAGGCAGCUAGUUUGAGAAUAUGUUUCAUUGACAUGUAUUUAUUCAUUCAUUAUUGUUGAGCACUCUCUCUCAGUUGGUGUUAUGCUGUGUUCUAGGCAUCCAGAGAUGAAUAAAACAUGAGAGGCAGCUGUAUGUGAUGAAAAGAACAUGGGCUCUGGCGCUGGAGAAACCUGGGCCUAAUCUUGCCUCUGCCAUUUGCUUUACUUGCUCUUAGUUUAUUCAUCCACAGAAUCAAGAUAAAAAUACAUACCUCAUAGAGUUGUUUGAGGAUUAAACUCAAUAAUGUAUGUGGUAGUGUUGCCCCCAUAGUUGGGAUUCAAUCAGUAUUAACUAUUGUUUUUAUUUUAGGCGUUAGAAAAAGCAAGAGCUGGCAGAUAGAGGAAGGAAGAGCCUUUGAAAAUACUUAGAGGGGCCAGGUGCAGUGACUCACACCUGUAAUCCCAACUUUGGAAGCCUGGGCAACGUAGUGAGACUGCAUCUCCAUAAAAAGUAAAAAUAAAAAUUAGCCAGGCAUGGUGGUGUGCACCUAUAGUCCUAGCUACUCAGAAGCUGAGUUGGAGGAUAGUUUGAGCCCAGGAGUUCAAAGUGUGAUAGAGCAGGCCCUUGUCUCAAAAGAAAAGAGGGAAGAGAAAGGAAGGGGAGGGGAGGAGGGAAGGGGAGGGAAGAAAGCGAGGAGGCAAGGAAUAGAGGAAGGAGAAAAAGCAUGGCAUAUGUUAAGGAAACUUCCUCUUCCGUAGCUUGAGCCCAGGAGUUCAAGGCUGCAGUGAGCUGUGAUCGUACCAGUGGACUCCAACCUGGCAAGACCUUCUGUCAAAAGAAAGAAAAGGGAACGAAGGGAGAGAGGGAGGGCAGAAGGGAAAAAAGGAAGGAAGGAAUGAAGGAAGGAAAAAAGGGAGGGAGGGAGGGAGAGAGUGAGGGAGGCAGGGAGGGAAAAAGACAAGACAGAAGAAUGAAAAAGAGCAUGGCCUGUGUGUUAAGGGAACCUCCUGUCCUUUUGCACCAUGUUUCCGUGGGAGGAGGGGGGACUCCCUACUGGAGUACUAGUUCUGGCUUACACCACUGUUCUUCACACUCAGGCGUGAGUUACUCGAUUGGUGACUGCUGUUACAUUCAUUAGCUCAUAGCCCUUGAUUGGGUGGAACUAAUACAUUUAUUCUUUUUUUAACCUUUCUGCCCUAGAUCAGUGCAGACAGUGAUCUUGGAUAAACAUGAUUUGGCUGCAGACCCAAACUUCCCCGUUACUGGGCUGUUCCAGGACUGAAUUCUGUGGGGACUGCGAGUCAGCAGAGAUUGUUGGCAAGCCCUUUGGGGCAACAGAUUUGGAACCUCAUUUUAUUAGCUUAUCUGUAAUGAAGCAUAAGGGUAGGUUGAUAUAAUAUAGAUAUCAAUUUUUUAAAGUCUCCAUUUGACUGUCUCCUCUUGUCUUAUUUCAUCCAAAGUUGGGGGUUGGGAGACAGGCAUGCAAUUUAUUGACCCUCUGGACACUGAAAGUAGUUCAUUAUGACUAGAACAUAAACUGUAAGGAAGCGGUGGUGACAGAUAAAGAUGGAGAAGUCCACACAGAAGUAUUUCUGCUCAACCUGGUGCAGUAACAUCAUGCUUUGAUCUUCUCCUUUUCCUCCACACAAAGAGAAAUGAUGGCUAAAAAAUAGAGAAAACCAGAAAGACAUAACCAGGCUCAAGAACAAAAUGAACGUUUUCAUGGAUCUAAAGUGGAACCAAAACAGAAAGCAUUCAGCAAGGCUGAAGCUACAAGCCCACUGGGGCCUCGGCUUCAAAUGCCAAGGUUUUCGUCUCCUGCAAGGUGAAAGGAAAUACAGACGCUUCAAACUCAGUUGAGGGCAGGAGCCAGGAGCUCCUGAAAGAAGGCUAAAAAUAAACCGCUGCCGACCCACUACCUGGAGAAGUGGAAGAGCAAAGACACAGCCUUGGAAUCGGGAACCAAGCCAAGCAGCUGGCUGUGUGACUCGGCCUGUGGCAUCACUUGGGACAGGGGCGAGAUGCCAGCUUUCGAUCUAAUUCUAGAAUGGAGGUUGGGGAGACACGUGGAGGCGAAAUCACUAAACAUGGAGAGGUGAGCCCAGUGGGAGUGAGAGAAAAAAAACAA